AUGCCUCCAAGAAAGAAGACCAGAAGCAACAACAUAACUUCCCAGGAUGGACCAAGCCAUGCUGACUCAGAGUCAAGGCAACAUGCCUCUUCUAGAGAAGAAGAACGUGCAAGUGAGGGAACUUUUACCCUCACAGAUCUUGUUGCAGCCAUCCGUGCUAUGGGUGACACCCAGAGGGAAAUGGCAGAAAUGAUAAAAGAACUCAAAAAUUCGGCUCCAAAGCCAAGUGAAGUGAAUGAGAAGCACCCACAGGAGGAAUCUGCUGCUGCCGGAAAGGAGUCUGAGCAGAAGGGACCAUCUUUUGUCACUCAGGAGGACGUUGUUGCCAUGCUGGAAAAGGAGCUGAGUCGAAGUCAGGAAGAUUGGAAGUAUCUUCCUCAGCCGCCGUAUCCAUCAAGCUUACUCCAGCAGCCAUAUCCUAAAGGCUAUGAAGCACCGACCUUUGUCCUCUUUGAUGGACGAAAGGGGAGCCCGAAGGAGCAUGUCAAUCGCUUCAUCGAUGCCUUGGGACCGUAUGCUGGUGAUCAUAAUCUUCGACUUAGAGAAUUUUCAAAGAGUCUCACCGAUCGUGCUUACACAUGGUAUACAACGUUGGCAUCAGGCUCUAUUCAUUCCUGGGAAAGUCUGGCAAGCAGGUUCUGCAAGAAGUAUUUCCAGCAUGAAGAACGAGUCACCACCACUCAACUCAACAACACCCGCCAAAAGCAUGGUGAGGAUCCUGUGGACUUUGUACGCAGGUUCCGGGACCUGGCAUUAGAUUGCUAUGAUGAGAAGGACGAGGAGGCGCUUGUUGAGAUUUGCAUCAGCAAUAUCGUGGCAGAUUAUAGAGUGUAUUUGGAGAAUAUUGGCAUUAGUCAAUUUUCUCGGCUGCUGGAAGCUGUGAGGAAGACGAGCAUGUCCGUCAGGCCACCAGGACAAAGGACUUGGAGGAAUGAGAAGAAGGAAGCGCAUCAGACAUUAGCAAUAGAUGACAAGCCAUCCAACGACUACAAUUCACGCAAACGCAAGGAUAGAGAGACGUAUCCACCACUACCAUGCAAAGAUGAAGAAUUUCAUGCUAUCCUUGACACAAUGAUUGCUGAUGGCGUAAUCAAACCUGUCAGACCCUACAAGGUUCCUACUCGAGAGGAAAAGAAUGAUCCUAGGUACUGCCGUUAUCAUCAAUUUGUGGGGCAUCCAACCACUGCCUGUCAGAGCUUGAGGAGGAUUUUACACGCCAAAAUACAUGAGGGAGUCCUUGAACUUCCCUCUAGGAAGCAAACCAUUGAUGAAGACCCCUUGCCAAAACGAAGGGGAAAGGAGGUAGCCGCUGUCAUUACAUGUUCUGAUGAUUUGCUUGAUGAUAAUGAAUUGUGCCACCCUUGGAGGAAUGACCCAAAGCCGCCGGAAGCCAUAUGGGAACCUUGCGGAAACAUGGAAAAGGCAUAUUGGUGUAAAUAUUCGAGGCCUUCAAGUUACAACACACCAUGGCCACUCGCUGAUGGAUGGGGUGACAACUCAGGCAGCGAAAUUUUUGUCUUGGACAUGCCGGAAGAACGCUACUCGGGGGCUUUAUCGGAGCAGCAGGAAGCAGCUGCCGUGACAUUUCACAAUAUCACGGAAGCUGAAACAAGUGUGAUGGAACGUUAUUUAAGCAUGAAACAGGGGCCCACAGCUUCACAGGUCCUUCAAAGAAAUCCAAAGUUCAAAUCACUUUUUGACCAACUUGGCUUCGGGCCUCAAGCAAGAGAAGCAGCUGCUGUAGCCCUGAUGAAUAUCUCUGAGGAGUCUAAUUCUCAAUGCUUUACAACUCAACCACAAAGGUCAUUCUUGGGAAAUGACAACGCUAUUGUCUUUACGGACGAAGACAUGGAAGUCCCAUACCCGGACCAUAGGAGGCCGCUUUACUUGGAGGGACAGAUCAAUGAUGUGUUCAUAAGGAGAGCUUUGGUGGACACGGGUUCCUCUGUCAACAUAUUACCUCUGUCUGUGCUUACGGCAGCUGGUAUCCCAUUGUCCAAAAUUGUCCAAUCACAAACAAGCAUCAGUGGUUUCGGGAAUAAGAGUGAGGUCACAGUCGGGCAUCUACAAGUACAUUUGAAGGUUGGACCAAUUCGGUCACUUACUAAGUUCUAUGUUGUGGAUGUGGAUGUGGCUUACCAUGCUUUGCUUGGAAGGCCAUGGCUCAACAAGCAUAAGCUUGUGGUCUCUACCUAUCAUCAAUGCGUAAAAGGAAGGAUUGGGCUGAGGCCGCUACGCAUACCUGGAAACCAAGCACCUUUCAACAAAGAUGAAGCUCACUACUCUGAAGCAGAGUUCUACACUGAAUGCACAGGUGCUGGAAGCAAUCCAUCCAAGGAUUUCGGGACCUACCUUCCUUCAUGGACUGAAAUUCGUGAUUUAAGCAAUGAGGAGCUCAUCACCAUUGUCGAUCGAGAGAGAAAGAGGCACUCGGAAGUCAACAACCAUGCCUAUGAUCAUCCCCAAUGCUCAAAAGUGACGCUGCCCGAUGGACGUAUCGUGUACCGCUUAUGA